UCGGACGUGUUUUAGUGGAAAGCUUUUGCGUGAAAACUCGAGUGCAGAAAAUAAAUGAAGUUCAAGUGAUUAUUCGGUGUAGGCGCCAAGGCGCAUUCAGUGAUACCGUGUGGUUGAUCAAGUGAUCUGCGUGCGGUGGCUGUUUUAAGGCGAAGACAAUUACGCACCGUGGUUUAUAUGGGUGUUGCAGUUUGGGGCAGCAGAAGCAAGUAUCAGAAAAGGAAAAGCAGUGCAAUUCACUUUCACCUGCCCGGUGUGGAGUCGAAGUGACAUUGAUUAACGAUACUGGGCUUAAUUGCUCUGGCGGUUGUAAAAGUGUCGUUUCGGUCGAAAUUCGCGAUCUUGACUUGUAUUUGGGGCGGUCAUAUUGUUGUAGCUCACGCACGCACGCACGAACGGGUUCAACGUUCUUCGGCAAAAGUGUUUUCGUACCAGGUUUUAUUUUGUGAAUCCACCUCGAGUGGAACAUGGGGAAGUGACCAAAAAUGUGUAAUAAAAGUGGUGAUUUAUUUAUAAAACGAGAAGAUUGAACAACCAGUUUUUCCGUGGGAGCUAGAACGUAUUGCUGAGUUGUGUUGUAGGCUGGUAGUUGGACGCUGCAUGCGUCGCGUGGUGUUCUAGUUUUACAAUUUUAGUUUUCAUCUUGCACGCCGUUUUUAUGCGCUGCAACAGCUGUGUCUGCGAAUCGCGUGCGGGUUUUCGCCUUUUCCUUUCGUCGAGGAUCGAAAAUAACCUUGAGUGGCGCAAAGUGAACGAGAUUUUCAAGUUGAGACUGGACAUAUUUGCUAGUUUUUCCUAACUGCUGCGGUGUUUCGCCCUUGCUCGCCGUGACAUCAACGAGUCUGUGCGCUCGACUGGAAUUGAUACAGAGUUUAACUGGCCUCGAGGCUACCACACCGGUGGUGUGUUGAGUUUAUGUAUGCAUUGAAGUUGGCAGUGCAAUGAGUGGUAGUGCAAAAUUAAUUAAAAUUAUAUCAAAUCGAUCAAAUAAAUUACGUGCGAAGGAAAAUGCUUGUUGGAAAUAGUGCCAAUGGCUACAGGUGUGGUGGAGCUGGUUCCAAUUAAAGUCACAUUAAAUUGUCAUGUCUUAGAAAAAAUGCCGAACGCACUCUGCGGAAAUGCUCAGUGAUUGAUUUCAGCUACAGAAGAAGGCCGCUUGCGUCGGUAUGAUACAUACGAAAAAUGUGUGGUUGCCAUAAAAUGUUAAAUUUAGUGCAUGGUUCCGGAGGUGCACGUGUCAAUUUCGAAAUUCGUGGAGUGUCAUUGCGUUGGGGGGUUAAGGCCUACCGCGGUUGGCUGUGUGAUAAGACGUAAUAAUUGAAAAUAGUAUGAAGCUGGAAAGCGGCAGUGUGCCAACGAAAACAGCUGAGGAAGCUUGCGAUGAGGCAGAAGAAAGGGAAACCGAAAAGUAUCAUCGCGUUGCUUUUGGAAGCGACAGUUGGCCGAGUCAACAUUACAACAGCAAUCAUAAGUGCAAACGCUACAGUUCUCCCGAUGCUGGGUGUGAAUUAAUGUUCGUGGCAAUCGUUGUGAUAAUUUUGACCAGUUUCACGGUGAUGAUAGGCGGCGAUGUAUUUACGGUUGGUUAUCUCACUGGAUCGCAGCGACGGCCGGGAGAUCGAGAAUAUGCAAGACCAGGAUUGCAAAUAUCGGGUGCAAUAACUCUAGCCAUUGAUGAAGUAAACGACAUUUACUUCAGUCGGCAUGGCCACAAGCUUCAAUUCGAGGUGGCAGAAACGUACGGCGAAGAGGUAACUAGUAUUAGGAAAACGGCUGAUCUCUGGACAAAAGAUGUGAUAGGCUAUAUAGGGCCACAAGAAACCUGUGUUCACGAGGGCAGGAUGGCGGCUGCCUUUAAUUUACCCAUGAUUUCUUAUUUUUGUACGCACAACGAAACUUCAAAUAAAAAGCAUUUUCCUACAUUUGCUAGAACCAGACCGCCUGACUUGCAGAUAUCGAAGUCGGUUGUUUCGCUUCUGAUUGGUUACAAUUGGACUCAGGUUACUUUCUUCUAUCGUGCAUCAGAUAACGCCGAGUAUGAUGCAGUGGCUGAAACGCUCAAAACAACGCUUAGAACCAACGACAUUCGGAUUAGGUUCACACGCACCUGGAGUACAAUCUAUCACCAUGGCUAUUCACCGAAUCCUUUCGAUCGUCUGGUGGAGGAAACUUUUCCGGAAAGUAGAAUUUACUUGGUGCUGGGUCACCACGACGAGCACAUUGGCCUGCUGGUUAGCCUGAAGCGCAAGGGGUUACUGACCGCCGGCGAGUACUUCGUCGUGGGAGUGGACCUUGAACAAUACGAUGCCGCCCUGCCAAAGAAGUAUCUGCACGGACUGCUGCAGACUGCGCCGGACCAGGAUGCGGUGUCGGCCCUGCAGCACUACCUCGGAGUCGUGCCGUCUGCUCCCGUCAAGUUUGAAGAAUUCGCUGUCAAGGUGAACAAAUACCUGGAGCUCCCACCAUUCAAUUACCGCAACCCGCUGGUAUACUUCGGAGGCGUUAAACAGAUUCGCGCUGAGGCUGCUUACCUUUACGAUGCGGUUCAUUUGUAUGCUAAUGCGUUGCUGCGAGUCCUGCUUGCCGGUGAUAGUCCGAAAAAUGGCACCGCAAUUAUCGAAGCCAUCAAGGGUCGAGCAUACUUGAGUGCCAUGGGUUACCUGAUACAUAUCGACGAGAAUGGUGAUGCCACCGGGAAUUACACUAUUUUAGCUAGAAAACCUAUCCCUUCCGCUACCUCGGAGAGAGAAUAUGGACUGUUUCCAAUCGGACGUUUUAGCACACCGCAUGCUGAUACGAUUCCGGACAUAAAGCUGUUCGAUGUCAUAGAUUGGGCGGGAUAUGGGCCACCCGUUGCCGAGCCUCACUGCGGCUUUCAUGGCGAGAAGUGUAUCAGUUACACUGGUGAGAUUUCGGCUGGUGUUGCUGCUGGUGCGCUGCUGCUGUUGGGGGUUGUUUCGCUCGUGCUCUAUCGCAACUGGCGCUACGAACAGGAGUUGGAUAGCCUGCUGUGGAAAGUUGAUUUUAAAGACAUCCAAAUGCACGAAAAUGAGAAGGAAAAUGCGAACCAGAAGAUGACGAGGAACACCCACCCGCUGAUCCGCACCAGUCAGGUUAGCUUGAGCUCCAAUCCGGACACGGAUUUCCGUUACACGACGAUUUUCACCCCGAUCGGAUUGUACAAAGGUCAGCUGUAUGCCAUCAAGAAGGUCCGCAAGAAGAGCAUCGAUAUCACCCGGGAGAUGAAGAAGGAACUGAAGAUGCUUCGUGACAUGCGGCACGAUAACCUGAAUGCAUUUAUUGGGGCUUGCACGGAGCCACCGAACAUUUGUAUUAUCACCGAGUAUUGCACUAGGGGGAGUUUGAAGGAUGUUUUGGAGAAUGAAGAUGUUAAAUUGGAUAAUAUGUUCACUGCGUCGAUGGUUGCCGAUAUCCUACGGGGGAUGAUCUAUCUCCAUGAUUCCCCGCUACGAUUCCACGGAUCUCUGCGAACAUCGAACUGUCUGAUUGAUUCUCGAUGGGUUGUCAAGUUAAGCGAUUUUGGUUUGUUUGCAUUCAAACAAGGUGCCGACGAUAUGCAAGACGAGAAAGAAAAGUCUGAAAGCCAGUGUGAAAAACUUCUCUAUCGAGCGCCAGAGUUGGUUCGAGCGGGACCAGUGACCUGUAUUCCUGGAUCACCAAAAGGAGAUGUAUAUUCGUUCGGUAUAGUCUUAUAUGAGAUCUUCACCCGUAAGGGACCAUUCGGCGAAAUAGAAUGUACCCCCGCGGAAUGCUUAAAGCGGGUUCUACAUCCUCUGGAUCCGAAUACUCCUUUUCGCCCAGCGAUUCAACCGUUGGAGACUUCAUUUGACUGUGUUCGCGAAUGCAUAAAAGAAUGUUGGUGUGAGAAACCGGAUGAUCGACCAGAUUUCAAAACGGUUAGGAAUAAGUUGCGAGUUUUGCGAAAGGGUAUGAAGCCAAAUAUUUUUGACAAUAUGAUGGCAAUGAUGGAGAAAUACGCUACCAAUCUUGAACAGUUGGUAGACGAACGAACGGAUCAGUUGCAGCAGGAAAAGAAAAAGACGGAAGCACUGCUUCUGGAGAUGCUGCCACGACCAGUGGCCGAGCAACUGAAACGGGGGCAUAAAGUUGAGGCUGAGAGUUAUGAUCUAGUCACGAUCUACUUUAGUGAUAUUGUCGGAUUUACGUCGAUGUCAGCGGAGAGUACUCCGCUGCAAGUGGUAGACUUCCUGAAUGACCUUUACACGUGUUUCGAUUCCAUCAUAGGGCAUUAUGACGUAUAUAAGGUGGAAACGAUAGGAGAUGCAUACAUGGUGGUGUCAGGUCUACCUAUUCGAAACGGAUUAACCCAUGCGGGUGAAAUUGCUUCAAUGUCCUUGCAACUGUUGGACGCGGUUUCCGAAUUCAAAAUCCGACACAGGCCAAAGGAUCGCUUAUAUUUAAGAAUCGGUAUUCAUUCAGGACCAGUGUGUGCUGGAGUGGUGGGACUUAAAAUGCCUCGGUAUUGUCUAUUUGGAGAUACGGUUAACACUGCGUCCAGGAUGGAGUCCACGGGUAUGCAACUGAAGAUUCACUGCAGCUUACAAACCAAAGAAAUUCUCGACUCUCUCGGAGGGUAUCACUUCGAAGAUCGUGGAUUUAUUCCUAUGAAGGGCAAGGGCGAGCAGCGUACGUUUUGGCUGGUUGGCGAGGAUCCUGAGGCUCGGGCUAAGCGAACUCAAGAGCGUGCCGAACGACGAGGUUCCCGUGCUCUGAACAAAUAUAUUGGAAUGCUCAAGCAAUCGAACAGUACCAAUGGGGUUCGUAGUUCGCUCAAAAACCGUGUCGUGGUACCACGAACUUCAUUACCUCGCUCAUCUAGUCUAGAGUCACCGAAGCGAUUGCGUUUUGCCAGUGGAUCCAUGUUGGAGCAGCACCGGUAUCAUCACUACAGCGACGAUGCCCUGAUGGAAGUCAUUUCGGACGCCAGUACACGCAAGUCCGACAACAGCUUAGCGGAUACCGAGGACUUCACCUCUUCUUGCCCUUGCAUCGAUAAUCUUGGACUGAAUACUGAACGGUUCCUUGCACAAUCUUGCCCCACGGUUACGACGCCACUGCUCACUAAUACAGUUGCUACUUAACUACUAGUCUUAAUACACACCAUCCUCUUGUUACGACAUGUCAACUGAAAUUUACUCCAGCAAGAAAGCAAAAAAAUGUUAAAUGUUUGAAAAAUCUCAACAAACAUAAUAUAUUAAUGUCAUUUUACUAUGGUGGAUUUAAAUAGCUUCUUGCUAAACCAAAUUCUUAAACAUUCACAACUUUUCAAAAUCUAAAUGUUAUAAAUGGAGUUCUAUUAUUUAUUCAGCUAUUAAAUCUAAAUAGAUAAGGCUGAAUCAACAAU